UUUGACAGCGAAAUCGGCUUCAGACGCUGUGUGUGUGUGUGAAGCAUUACAGAGCCUGCCUGGAUAUCCGAGACGAAUACGCGCUGAUUGUAGUCUUCAUUUCGCCAAAGAAAAUAUUCCACUGUCGGCUGUCUACGGGUUCUUCUUGACUUUUCAAUUGCCGACUGAUUGGACUAUGUGGACUAUGUUUCCGGAAAUUUAAAUGGAACCAAACCAAAUAGCAGCCAAAGGGAGAGUGAGCGCUGUUGUGCGAUAAAGGAUUGUAGCUAGGGACGUCGCACUGACAAGCGCGUGUAUUUAAUUGCACUUAUUUUAAAACAUUUUCAACUUUUACUUUGCUUUGAUAUCCCAAUUUUAUUGUGGUUUCUGCCGUUCAUUUGUUUCAAUAUUUGCACUUUUACGCGUUUUGUAGGCGAGGCAACUGCUUCUUGUGCAGAAGCCACCAACUGGCCAUAACGGGACAGCUUUUUGGCCACAUAUGAUCUCAUUCAUUUGCAUUCUCACAAUUUUGUGUUUUAUUUUUUUUAUUGUAAUCUAUCAGAAUAACUAAAACACACUGCCGGGCGAACCGUGCCCCGGGACAUUAUCCAAAAUAAGCGUUGCAAUCGCACAUUUGAAUUCAACGUACCGCCUGGGAGAAGAAUGGUUCGCAGCUGAGACCGAUCACUGGACGGUAACCCCGGACCAAUACUUCGUGUUGCUCUGAUCUUCGGAACAUGAAGGCGGCUGCCUGUCUCAACGCUGGGGUAUUGCUGCUGUGUUUUCUCCUAAGCUCCUGGGCAGCCACGCUGAACGGCUAUGGAGGGUCACAUGACGUCCUUGGUUCGCGGCAGCUUGGCGGCGUGUCCAACUUCAGCACCUUCCUUCUGGACCGCUCCACGGGAACACUGUACCUGGGAGCACAAGAUGCCAUUCUGGCCAUCAACACCAGCAACCUUGGCCAGAAACCCCUGAAGAUUAAAUGGGAUGUUCCAGAGGACAAAAGAAAAUCAUGUGUGGCCAAAGGGAAGACUGAGGCCGACUGCAAGAACUACAUCCGCCUGCUGCAGUUUCUAGGAGAUGGUCGGAUCUAUGCUUGUGGGACGUACGCCUUCGAUCCCCAGUGUGCUUUUCUGAAUAUGUCAAGCUUCUCCCUGGAGACAGCAGAGGAGGGUGGUGUGCGGAUGGAGACCGGGAAAGGAAAAUGUCCCUUUGAGCCCAGCCAGCAUUACACGGCAGUCAUGGCAGGAGGGGUCUUGUACACGGCUGCCACCAGUAACUUCCUGGGCACGCUCUUCGACAUCUCCAGGGCAACGGGCAUUGAGCAGGAGCGCAUCCGGACAGAACGAUCCAUCAACUGGCUCAGUGACCCAGAAUUUGUCAGCUCAGCUUUCAUCCAGGAAGAUGAGGCCAAUAACCCAACUGGAGAAGAUGACAAAAUCUACUUCUUUUUCACCGAAGUGGCCAAGGAAUACGACCUCUACACCAAGGUCAAAGUGCCAAGGGUUGCCCGGGUCUGCAAGUCGGACGUGGGUGGUAUGAAGACGCUGCAGCGGCGCUGGACCACCUUCCUGAAGGCCCAGCUGGUGUGUGAGGACCGUGCCAGCGGUCAGCGCUUCAACGUGCUCACCGACGUCUUCACCUCGCGGCACCGGCUCGACGACCCCAGCAGCACGCACUUCUACGGCAUCUUCACCUCCCAGUGGGACCGGGAGGAGACGUCCGCCGUGUGUGUGUACAGCCUGGCCGACAUCAGCAAGGUGAUGGACGGGCCCUUCAAGGAGCUGAAGAAGACGUGUGAGAACUGGAUCAACCCCGAGCCCGUGCCCACGCCGCGACCAGGACAGUGUCUAAACAGUGCUCUGAAGUCCGAGGGCUUUGACUCCUCCCUGAAGUUGCCUGAUAAAGUGCUGACAUUCAUGCGUGACCACCCUCUAAUGGAGAACAGUGUGGUGUCAGCGCCCCUACUGGUCAGAAGGGGAAUAACAUACACCAAGCUGGCCGUCACCCUCACAUCCAUCAGCGAUGAUGACAAGCGCACAGCCGUCGUGUUGCACCUGGGUACAGAUCGCGGGGAGCUGCACAGGGUUGCAGUGGUUGGUCAGAACGCAACACUGCUUGAAGAGAUCCCUUUGUUUCCCUCUCACGAUCCAGUCAACAACAUCCUUCUGUACAAGGAUGUGGCCCUGGUGGGCUCCCCGUCCUCUCUGGUGCGGCAGCCGGCCGUCGGCUGUGCCCUGUACCCCACCUGUGAGGUGUGCGCCCGCGCCCGGGGCCUGGGCUGUGCCUGGAACCCCAAGGAGCAAGCCUGCGACGGGGUCGGCAACGAGCUUGGAGACGAAGAGCUUGGAGACCCACUGAGCCAGUGUAAGAGUGGAGAAGGUCGGUGUUCUCCGACGGUGAAGGAGGUGAGUGUGAUGAAGGGCCUGCGCGUCCUCCUCCCGUGCGUCCAGGUCUCGCCGCGGGCCUGCUCCUGGGAGCACCCGCCGCACCGGCACACGCGCCAGCGUCUGUCUGACCUGGAGGUGCUGGCGUCCGAAGAAACGGAGGGCAAAUACGUGUGCCUGUGUCAGGAGGGCGGGCGCGAGCAGCCGGCGUGUCGGCGCGCCGAGUACCACCUGACCCUGGCGGGCGCCAGCAUGGGCGGCACCGUGGCGCUGGCCGGCGGCCCCGGGCGCCACUUCCUGGCCUGGUACGUGCUGCUGUUCGUGGUGGGCAUGCUGGCGGGUGCGGCGGCCAUCUUGUGCCUGUUGCUGCGGCACCGGCGGGCCAGCGGGAAGGGCGCGGGCCACGGCGCCUCGCUGUCGGAGAAGCACCACGACCUGCUGCCCUCCUCGGCCACGCCGCAGUCGCCCAGCAGCGCCAGCCUGCUCUCCGAGGCCGUGCCGCUCACCAAGCGCAACGGCACACUCAACGGGCACGGCGGGGGCGGGCACAACGGCGGCGGGCACAACCACCACCACGGCGGCGGCAUCAAUGGCCCGCACAUCUACUCCAACAACAGCAGCAGCAGCGGCGAGGUCAAGCUGUCCGAGUCGAGCGCCAAGCUGACCCAGCACCAGCAGGGGCUGGAGGGACGCGAGAGGCCCGGGCCUGAGGGCGAGGAGGGCGAGGGGCUCUCGGAAGGGGCUCUCGGAGAUGGGCGAGGGCCUGUCGGGCCUGGAGGAGGAGCUGGCCAGACUGCAGGCGUACCACGGAGCACCGCUGGCACAGUGCGAGGAGAGCUCCAUUUGAGAGAACCGACAGAGAGAAAGAGCGAGAGAGAGAGAGAGAGAAAGGAUAAAGAGAAAGGCGAAAGAGAGAGAGAGAAAGAGAGUGAGAUGAACAGGGCAAAGAGAGAAAAGAGAAGAGAUUGAGGGAUGAGGAGAUGCGUUGAUGGCAGCCACAGCCCUGACUUCCACUCCUCCACUGUGACUGGGACCCAGAGCCAUAUAACAGGAGAGGAGAGAGACAUACAAUAUGUACUGUGUGUAUGUCUGUGUUGGGUGGGCUACCACGUGUUUGUGUUUUUCUCCAAACAUAUUCCACGUACCCACAAACAUAUUUAACGUGUCAAGAACGUGUCGGAAAACACACACACGUGUGUAUGUGCGUGUGCGUGUGUGUGUGUGUGUGUUUCCAUCCAAACCAUUUCCCCUCCCUGUCUCUCUGUUCCUCUCAUUCCUGUUUGUGCUUGUGUGUGUGUUACACACCUCAUAUUUUGAGCACACGCUCCACUUUCUCUACGACACCCACGAAUAAGGGGAGUGUACUCCUCUUUUGGUGAGAAAGAAACCCUUUUUCACUCUCAUUGCCAGGGGCUCUGGGACUCUCAGAGCCCAUGUGUCCCACAGAUCAACACAUUAGGAACUCACACACAUACACACACACACACACACACUCAGUUCGCCCAUAAAGCUGAGGACUAAUUGUGGUAAUACUGUACAUGAGGGUCAACAGCCGGUGCCUGGACAUGCCAAACCAAAGACUGCAGAGCCAGCUAGAGUUCAUGUAGGACAUUUUGCCAUCGACUUUGUCGGAGUGACCCUGACACUGGCUUAUCAGGGACGAGGGGAGUCAGAGGCUGGUCACAACUGGACCAAGAUGGGGGAAAGAUUUGAGGGGAUUCCUGUUCAAUUCAUGCAGCAGCACUACUUACAAAGAGAUGCCACAGUCCCCACUGAAAUAAUCAGGAAACGUGAACCGGUGUUGGCCUGCAGAACUGAUGAAUGGCCCAGUUGUUUAUCUCACACUGUUUCCUGGAUACUCUCUGCACCAUGGCAACCACGGUUGGCCAUUCCUCCAGGAUGUUGUUUGGUUGCCUCGGACAGAAAGCAGGGGAUGAUAAGCCACACCUGUUAAGAGCAUGAAGGCCACACUGUGUUUCUUUCUGUUGACAAAUGGUCUGUAAACUCAUUGGCUGGAAGAAUCAGAAGAUCUUUUUUGUUGGCAUGUCAGGUGUUGAUAAAUGAUGAUAUCUUUUUUUUCUGUCUUUCUUUAAUUUAACUAACUGUUGUUACGUGUUUGAAGGUCAAACUGCAACUUUGAGAUCACAAAAAAACAAACAACACUGACCCAUUCUGUAUGUUACUGUCUACAGUUCUAUGGACCAAGUUCUUGUAAUGGUGUUUGGAAGUGUUGUUUUUGUAAAGAAAAAUGACAUGAGAUUGUGGCCCAUGUGUUGCAAUAGAAAUUAAUCUAGAAAAGAAUGACAGAAAGGAAGGUUGUACCGGAAGGACAAUUUUUUUUCUUUUAUGGACAGGCAGACCACCAAAGCAGAUCGCAUCAGAGGUGCUGAGUAACUAUCCAAAAAUAGAGGUAUGCUGAUGAAUGAUGGCUAUCACAAAAUGGCCGAUGUCUAAAGUCUAUAGACAAAAGAGCGAGAGCGAGAACAUUGUUGUUCCUUUUUGUGUCUGUAAGCAAACUCUUUGAUAAGGCCCAUAACUGUGAAUGACAGUGAGCUCCUUCUGCCACAUGGGGGAGUGCUUUUGUUUAGAAAGCCUCUGUUUGUAAACCCACUGUUCUGUGUUGAGGAGAGGUGUUUUCUCCAUUGUAUUCUUUUUAGUUAUAUUUACGUCAAUAUUUAACAUGGAGAAGGUAAUACUCAGAAUGGUAUGUGUGGCAUAAUGUAGCUUCUCUUGUCAGCAUUUAGUGGUCACAGGUACGAAUACUUCCCCAAUUUACAGACGCAACAGAGAGACUUCAAUUCCCAUAAUGCACCUGGUUUAUCUGUAGUCCAUAGGGACCGUCUAAAAUACAGUGGAUGUGACAUAGGGUUUGAACUUUUGUGUCAGUAGCCCUUUAAGAUUGUCUCCUUAGUCUCCUUAAACAUUCCAUAAAACAGUCUAUAAACAGAUGUGUCAAGUCAGACAUGAAUCUUGUGUGUAAAAUUAUUAGUGUAACCUGGUUGAUUAUGUUUUAAACAUGACUGCUCCAGAGUUUACCUUCUCUUCAGUUACUGUAAAAAAAGUACAAAAUUCAUUUAACUGUUGUACAGAUAUGUUGUAUAUGUUUUAUUUUUAUAAUUUAUAUAUAAUAAUGAAACAAAUGCACAUUUUUUUGCAAUACCUAUAUUGUGUCUUUGUAUGUGGAUGAUUGUGCAGUAAGUAUGUGUGAGAAUGCGUAUAUAAAAAAA